UGAAGAGGGGUCGAAAGAAGCAGGGGUUGCGCGCGCGACGCCGCAGGUAUCGCGCGCAGGAGCCAUCAUGUGCCGACGCCGGCAGGUUGUGGUGGUGGUUGAAGGUGAAGGGUGGAGGGGGUUCUCGAACGGCGGUUCUCCCUCGUACGCUCAGCGGAGCCGUCGUCAUUGGGCGUCGGGACGUCGCGACGACGCUCUUUUCCUCUCUCUUUCUCUCUCGUAUACUAUUAACACGCGCGUAUACACUUACUUGUCCUCUCUCUCCCUCUCUCUCUUUCUCUCUUUUUAUCUUCCUCUCUCCUUUUUUUCUUAUACUCAACCAGCCUGUUUCUCCUGUUCUCGAACGAAGGCGAUCGCGCGCGCGCUCGUUGAACGUUUCCGCGCGCGGAUAAUCGCUCUGUGCCGUGUCAGUUCGCGAAGAGCGUUCGCCAGUGCACGCGCGCACGUCAAUGCACCGGUGCAUCUUCGGCUCUUUAUCUUUAUCUCGAAGCUGUGUGUCAUAUAUAUAUAUAUAUAUGUAUAUAUGUAUGUAUAUACAUAUACACAUAUCUAUCUGCAUAGAUACACAUAGAUAAACUACGUAUAUUAUACCUCUUAUAGUUCUACUCGGUGGUGUCUUACGUAUUUUAAUUCGUAUAUAAAGCAUCGAAUAAACACGAGCCUUUCUGCGUUUUGCGUUCGGUGCGUCUGUCAGUGCAGCAAAGUUCGCGCGGGCUUAGAUCGUGUGUGUGCGCGCGCGCGCGCCCGCGUGCCCGGCCCCGUUCAUCCGCGUGCAAUUUUCUUAAACUCGUGCAAAGGCUCGCGCGCGAUUUUCUCGAAUUGGUGUAUUGGAAAUUAUUGAUAAAAUAAUAUAAUAGCCGAUCGUUCGAUUAUGAUCGUCGAUUUUUGUAAGGAUCGGUGCCGGUGAAUCAUCUAAUGGGAGGGAAAAGUCUUCUUCUCGAGUUCGUUAAGAACUAUGCCAAUUUUCGCUUAGAUAGUCCUUUGGACAUCGGCGAUAUAUCGUGACAAGUGGAGGAGGACGUAUCGCAGGAUGGGACGGACGACGUUGCGAGGAUCGAGCGACGAAGGACAGAUCGUUGUUGUCGCCGUCGCCGUCGUCGCCGUCGUAGCCGUCGUCCUCGAGAGGAGACAUUCGAGAUUCGAAGAGAGGAUUGCGACCUGGAAGUUCUUCGGGAGCGGUUGAAACCAUUUGCGAGAAGUUUACGGAUGAAGCUCGUAAAAGAAGCUAGAGGGAAAGAAGAAGGAGGUGGAGGUGGUGGUGGUGGAGGAGGAAGUGGAGGAGGAGAAGGCGAGGAUCACCUUCCGAGAGGAAGGACGAGAGAACGAGUCAUGUCACAUGUCGUUCCUAUGCUUUUGCCACGUUUCGCGCCAAUCGCCAAGCUAUUAAUCGCGGCGAUCCUCGUGCUUUCCUGUUGUGCUAAUCGUUUCGCUCGUGCUAGCGAAUUCCCCGAAAGAGAAUGCUGCGUCUUCCCUUUACCCGAACCAACCGGAAGAUCCACGGCCGCGCCUAUACCAACCGGCAGAAGUGGAUCCGAUAUCAAAAAGGGUGUCGCUAUAUUGAAUUGCCUCUACGCUCGUCAACUUUGUUUCGAGGAUCCAUCCUGUAGUGCCAUUCUCGAAAUUAUUCCACGUGUCUGCGGUCCAGAAUUAGUGGCUUGUUCAACGGUGACGGUGACAAAGUGUCGUUCAGCACUUCACAGUUUGCAAGCUUUCUCGUUCUUUCGGCCCACGUGUCUUUGUAAGGAACGGCACGUCGAUCCAGACUGCAAUAGUUUCCAGAAUUUCCUCUUCGAUCAUCCCUGCAUCGACGUACAGAAGAAAGAAAAAGAACAGCAUCCAAUCGAACCUUUACCAACGUGCACCCAUGCCAUGAACGAGUGUCUACGAGGGAAGCCGUGUAAUCAGGUCUUCGAGAACUUCAAAAACAGCUGUAAAGCACGAGAGGGCAAGUGCAGAAUGGAGAGUCGAGAUGCUUGCCAUGACUCUUGGACGCAACUUCGAUUGUCACCGGUCUUUGGUUGUAUAUGUCCAAACAAUCACAUAAAGAAACGAUGCGACAGGAUCUUCUCAUUGGUCAAUCAUAAUCCUUGCGUCGGUGAGUAUAAGAGACAGCGAGUGUGCCAGACUGUGAGAGUGACUGAGAGUGGAAGAGUGUUGAGAUGAGACGUAGCAGAUUCGAUCGGUAGGUCGAACAGUCCUCUGCAUUUGUUCGUCAUUGCUUAAACGUACGAGUAUUUCCAUUUAUAUUCAAUAUAUACAUAUAUUAAAAACAUUAUUAAUAAUUGAUAUUAUUAAUGAAAAUAAAUAAAUCGAAUUUAUUGUUAACUGUAUUCCUAUAAGAUACUCUUACGUUGAUGAAUCUGUGUUAUUGCGUAUAUUAUACUGAUAAACAAAGGAUCAUUAUGAUUGUUAUUAAAACUUUAUUUGUUAAUGAUUGCAUUAUAAACUAACAUUAAAAACAUAUUAUUAAUAUUUAACGCAAUCAAAAUGAUCUUUUAUUUACGGUUGUUAAAUCGUUUUAAAUCCAGUUUAUUUUCUUGUACGUUGAAUCGAGUGAACAUCGUUGCUCGAUGAAUGAACGAGUAUAAAAAUGAUUAUAAUAGCACCUUGUGAAAGUCGACUGUUGGUGUUGUGAAGUAAAUUGGAUGACGAGUUUUUCUUUCGUCACGUUGUUUUACGAGAUUACAUCUUGUGUCUCUAUGUAUUUGUAUCAUGUAAAAAUUUCUACUUUUUUUUCUCUCUCUUUUUUCUUUUUCUUUGUUUUUAUUUGAUCGAUGUAUGCGUCGAAUCGAAACGCCUUGUUGAUCUUGGAUUAAAAAGCAAAAUGCGUUCAUGAAAUUCAUUUAAUUGAGAAUAGUAAUAUUUAGUCUAUAAUUUUUUCCAAAUUGAGAAGGAAAGAAAAAAGACAAAGAGAGAAAAAGUAGGAGCAAAGCAAUUACUUUUAACGAUAUUGCUGUAUUUAGAGCUCGCGAGACGUCGUUAUAGCGUUCUUUGGAUAAGCUCCUUUUUCCCUAAUUAAUCGAAAACUUACGCUAUUAAAACGUAAAUCGGGUUUUCAUCGCGUAGACGAUUGAGUCUUAAUUUCAUUACAAAAUUCUUUACUCGGAAUGAUAUUUUUACAUUUUCAAUAAUCUUUAAAAAUGCUUUUCAAUUUAUUAAAAAAAAGAAAUUUUUUGAAAUAUUAUAAUUUUGAACGAUUUCUUAGAAUGAUACCACGUGCAUUCAAAAUUUUAAUAUUCGAUGCACAUAUGUAAACGAAUGACACGUGGAUUUGACAUGUUUGCUUAUCCAGGAUCGACGACGUUUCAAAUAUUUCUGCCUCGCAAUGGUAAUUUUAUUGGCAUUGUCAAAACACGAGCGUACGGUUACGCGCGAAAAGCAAAGAAAAAAUAAGAGGAAAUGAAAACGUAAGUAAGUAAGUUGCAAAUAUCACACACAAGGGCAUGUGUGACCUAUGUGCAAAUGUUUAUUAUCUGUGUGCGUGUCUGCGGAACGACUUCGCACUGUGCCGAUGAAAAAGCAGCGGCAAAGCAGCUUAAACGUCGCAAUAUAAAUGUUGCAUAUUUUAGCGAGAUCACAUUUAUGAAGUUUUCAGUGAUUACGAAGUAAUGAGAUUAUCGAAGAAAAAAAAAAAAAAAAAAAAGAAAAAAAACCAGUAGGAUCAUUCAUCUCUCCGUAUACUUUUUUUUUUAUAAUUAUUUUUGUAUUAAACUUGAUUAUCAGUUGAUCUCAAACCCGCAAAAAUAGCCUGUUGUUGUAUAGGUAUAUAUUGUGAUUAUAGAUAGUUAAAUUAUUUAUUUAAUUUGAAUUUAAUGAUUAUUAUCCGCCUUUUAUUUCUUUUUUUCUUUCAAUAUGAAUUCUUAAAGUAUCUCAAAUUCUUAAGUAAACGAGGAAAGUAAAAGGUAAGUAAAUUUCGGGAGAGCUUUCAGUUAAAAAUCAUUAUUUCGAACGUCGGUAAUAGAAAAAAAAAAAAAAAAAAAAAAAAAAAAAGAAUGGGAAAGUAUAAUA